UGAGCCACUACUGCGCGAGCAUUUCCCAAGGCUGGCAGCUGCCUUUGUUAAUAACGGCCAUCCUAUCCAUCGUCUCAUCAACUUUAACUUCGCGCGCAUCCUACUCUUUGUUUUUUCUCUUUUUAUCUUUUCACAACCACCAGUCUCGAUCUUCGGCGCCAAUCCAACUUCCCAUUCCGUAUUCUAUCACUUCCCAUCCAUUACAUCAUAUGCAUCGACAAGAGAUCAUCCCAGACAGUGACUUGGGUAGCUAGGUGUUCACGAUGGCAGUAGCCCGAGAUACCUAUAAUCGUCGGUCGCUUGGCCCGACACUGAAUAAGAAUGUGAAAGAGGCCCGAGUCCUCAUGGUCGGUGCUGGCGGCAUUGGCUGUGAACUCUUAAAAGACCUCGUUAAAACAGGUUUCGGUGAAGUACAUAUCGUCGAUCUCGAUACCAUCGAUUUGAGCAACCUUAAUCGCCAGUUCCUCUUCCGACAGGAACACAUCGGAAAGUCGAAAGCCUUGGUAGCCAAGGAGAUAGCUGGAAGUUUCAAUCCAAACGUCAAUAUUGUCGCACAUCACGCAAAUAUCAAGGACUCUCAGUUCCACGUCGAAUGGUUUAGAAGCUUCAAGCUCGUUUUCAACGCGUUGGACAAUCUCGAGGCGCGACGCCAUGUGAAUCGAAUGUGCCUAGCCGCUGAUGUUCCCCUAAUCGAAAGUGGUACGACAGGAUUCAACGGACAAGUCCAAGUUAUCAAGAAAGGUGUUACGGCUUGUUAUGACUGCACUACCAAGGAGGCGCCCAAAUCCUUCCCCGUCUGCACGAUCCGAAGCACGCCAAGUCAACCCAUUCAUUGCAUAGUCUGGAGUAAAAGUUAUCUUCUCAACGAGAUCUUCGGCACGAGCGAGGACCAAGCUACCCUCGAUGUUAGCGAGAACGAAGAUAAUGCGACGGAAAUCGCGGAGCUGAAGAAGGAAGCCGAAGCGCUGAGGAUGAUCCGAGAGUCUGUUGGCACAGAGCAUUUCUCUCAAAUGUUAUUCGACAAGGUUUUCGAUGCAGAUAUCAACCGCCUGUGCUCCAUGAAGGAUAUGUGGAAGUCAAGAGAACCGCCCAAGCCUAUUGAAUACAAGACAUUGGUAGUUCGAGCAUCUGAGGCCAUCGUGUCCAAAGAUCAGGUCCUCAAGGAUGGACAGCGUGUAUGGACCCUAGAGGAGAACCUUGCAGUCUUUAACGACAGCUUGGACCGCUUAAGUAAGCGAAUGUUGAAACUGCUAGGCGAGCGUAAGGAGGGCGAACCAAAGCCUACUAUCAAUUUUGAUAAAGAUGACGAAGACACUCUUGACUUUGUUGCUGCAAGCGCAAACAUUCGAUCACAUAUCUUCGGAAUCGAGGGCAAGUCACGUUUCGAUAUCAAGCAGAUGGCUGGUAACAUCAUCCCGGCCAUUGCAACCACCAAUGCGAUUGUCGCUGGCCUUUGUGUUCUUCAAUCUUUCAAAGUUCUCCGAGGAGAAUAUGACAAAGCACGAGAGGUCUUCCUGACACCAUUUGCUCCUCAAAGAUUGCUCGGAACAGAUCGCCCUCGACCGCCCAAUCCAGAUUGCCCAGUCUGUGGUUGCUUCAAUACUACCGUCCAAGUGGAUUUAUCAAGAGCAACACUCAACGAUCUGGUAGAGGACAUCGUCAAAGUACAACUAGGUUACGGCGAGAAGGAAUUCGCAGUUAACAGUGAUGCCGGUCUGGUUUAUGAUCCGGAUUUGACAGAUAACCUCGAAAGGACGCUGGGUGAACUUGGCAUCAAGCAGAAUGGCUUUAUUACCAUAGUCGACGAAGAUGACGAGGAUCCAUUCAUCAACGUCGUCAUCAAUAUUCAAGAAGCUGAGCUUGCUGAUAAGCCUAUCAAGGGCCUCGAAGUAGACCAAGUCCCAACUAUCCCUCGCAAGCCGAAGAAGGUUCUGCCCGUGGAGAGUAACGGUAUCAGUCAGACUAAUGGCAAACGUUCUGCCGACGGAGAAGUGUCCGCUAAGGACCCUAAGAAACGUCUUAGAUCAGAUGAUGGGGGGUCGUCACCAGCUAAAAAGGCUAAGAACGGUAACGACGACGACGUGGUUAUCAUUGAUGAUGACGUUGGCACCGGAGCUAUCGAGAUCCUGGACGAUUGAACGUUCGUUACCUUAGCUCCAGUAGAUUGCGCACAGCCUACGUCGCGCUCAGACCUCCAUCGAUAUUGAGGACGCAGUUAUGUGCGUAGGAACAUUUGGCUAGGAAUAAUGCGGCUUCCGCCACCUCGUCGGCCAAUCCUAAGCGCCCCAUUGGGAUCAAGGCUGAAAGCUCGCCGUUGUUAUCCAUACCUAUGGCAAGGUUUGUAUAUUAGUAAUCGUGUACUUCGUACGGAAGAUUGGGGGAUAGCUGGUCAGGUGUAGGAGCUUUAGGGGAAAUGGGAAAAAAAAUAAAGGGGUUAGGAAGGUCAAGAGGUCACCUUUCGUCAUAUCGGUCUGGAUAUAUCCAGGAAGGAGAACAUUCGCACGAAUGCCAAAUCUGCCCACCUCCCAGGCCAAAGCCCGCGUUAAACCUAGUAAGCUGGUUUAGCUAACGGGUGAGCUGAAGAAAUAAUCGACUACAUACCAAUAAUACCGGCUUUUGAUGCUGCGUAGACGCUUGAUCCUCGUCCCCCGUGAGUGGCUAAGAGACUAGAUACAUUGAUGAUACAACCGUUUCUCUGUUUCAUCAUCUUAGGUAUGAUGUAUUUACAGCUCCAUAUAGUACUCAUAAGAUUAGUGGCGACAAGCUCGUCUAUCUCUGGGGUUGAAGCCUUGAACAAAAA